CAAACCAGGAAAAAAAGGAUGCAUGAACUUUUCCAGACUACACUAGUACUAACAUUUACUGCGAUGGUCUCCAUCAGUGCCACCUGCUGAGUGGAGACUCGGCUAUAGCCAGGCUACUUCUAUAUUUUGGAGGUUAGUCUGCUCAUUGGAGCUGGAAGUGAGUAUCAUCUUUCAGAGGCCUGCUUGGGGAAUGUGAGCGCGUGGUAUGUGUGAGAUGGGUCAUCGGUGAGUGUAUGUGGGUGUUGGUUUCAGUUAGGCUCCCCUGACACCCUUGGGCCCCAAGAACCUCUCAGCGAACGUUCUUGGGGUUGGCGUGUAGGCUCCCCCCCCCUGACGUCACGUCUGGAGGCUGGCUGCUCGAGUCUCGCCGCUGCGCUGACAGUGUUCACCUCCAGCGGCGAAACUUUCCCGGAGUUCUCAGGCUCUUCUCUUCUGACUGUGACCAAGUCAAAUACUGCCCAGAGGAAGCCGCAGCACACUCGAGACGCAGACGGAAAACGGGGAGAAAGCAUUUAUAUGCCUGGGAAAUAUAUAUAUAUUUUUUACGGUGCAUGGUUUUGAAACUUUUCACAGUGAAGCCAACGUUUUUCUCUGGCAAGGUUAGAUUAUUUAGUGUUUUGCGACAUCGAGUUGGAGUCGCUACCAACAGGAAUAUGUUCAGGAGUACACUACUUUUUCUUACCCGUGAGAACUGAAAGGAGUUGUCCACAGACCUUUUUUCCACUCGCCAGCAAACUUCUUCUGACUUUGAAUUCCGUGUAGAUAUGGCGUGUAUUAGAUGGGGCCUCUUACUUUCCUUCAGUUUAUUGCUCUCCCCGGUUUGUGUGUCAGUUGAGAGACAGCAGAGCCGGAGCGGAUUCAGGAGGCUGUACGUGCUCCAGCCUGGGUCGGGACCGGGGCACGGGCCGGGGUCUGGGUCUGCCGGAGCUGACGGCGGCGGAGUUCGAGUCAGCUCCAUCUCGACGCGUCAUGGGCCGGCGGGGCAGCCGCACUCAUACAACGUGGAGCUCACCGCAAACUUUGGCGGCCAGGUCCGGACACGAAGGAUGGGGAGUCAGGCGGCGUCGGCCCCGCAGUUCAGUCAGCAACAACAACCACAACAACCACAACAGCAGCAGGUCGUGCGGCAGAGCGGACAGGAGCAGAGCCAGCAGAAGCAGCUCAUGAAGCUGUCCGGGGUGAAUGUCUGUGGAGGGCACUGCUGCCAUGGAUGGAGUAAAGCUCAAGGAUCACAGCGGUGCACAAAGCCCAACUGCAUCCCUCAGUGCCAAAAUGGAGGAAUGUGCCUCAGGCCUCAGCUCUGUGUCUGCAAACCGGGCUCAAAGGGGAAGGUGUGUGAACAGAAGACAGUGUCCACACAUCUCUUUCCUGCACUGCCUGGGAAUGGGCCCACCAACGGGAACAACCCUGGUCACACAAAUGGACAUAAUGUGGUACCCCAGCGACCCAUACCUCAACAAGUGUCUCCUAAUGUUUAUGCCUCUGCACCACCUCUGGCAAACAACGUGGCCCAGAUGAAACUAACAGUCAAGUCAGCUCCUCAGUUCGUGCGACCCCAUUAUAUCCAACAACACAUUCAGCAGCACAUCCGGCCCAUGCCUGUACACCCUGGUUAUUUUAUAAAGCCCAAGUACUACAACACACACGCCACACACACUCAGAUGCAUGUCCAGGCCCAACCUGACCGGCCAAUCCCCCUGACAGUGGGACACAACCCCAUCCAUGCUGGAAACCAUACAGGACGGAUCAAGGUGGUCUUCACACCUACCAUCUGCAAACUGACCUGCAUAAGCGGCAGAUGUCACAACAACUGUGAGCUGGGAAACACCACCACCAUCAUCAGUGAGAAUGGACAUGCCACCGACACUCUGACAGCUCCCAACUUCAGAGUAGUGGUUUGUCACCUACCAUGUAUAAAUGGUGGCAAGUGCAGUGCCAGGGACAAGUGCCAGUGUCCUCCAAACUUUACCGGAAAGUUCUGCCAGAUGCCACUUCAGAAUGGACAGCAGAAGCACCAGCAGUCGUCAGGAACCUUAAGUCAAACUCAGGUCCACUCCACACACAGCCUGCCUCUGACGUACAGCAACGGACAGACUCCUGUGUUCAGCCCAAGCAUUGUCAACAUCCACAUCAAACACCCUCCAGAAGCUUCUGUUCAGGUUCACCAAGUCUCUCAGGUAGACAAUUACCAAAACAACGGGCAGCAGGUAAUAGGAUCCCAGGCAGGCUCGUCUUCCAGCUUCAGCUACCACCAUAGUGAGAGCAGCCAGAAGAUCCAGCACCAUGGCUACAACAUAGUCUAUCCCAGCCAGCAUGGUUACCAGGUUCCUCACUACCAACCUGUCACCUCCAAACACACACUAGGUCGUUGCUUCCAGGAGACAGCAGGCAGUCAGUGUGGGAAGGCAUUGCCAGGUCUCACUAAGCAGGAACAGUGCUGUGGGACCAUUGGGACCUCCUGGGGGUUCCACAAAUGCCAGAAGUGUCCAAAUAAACCAUCUAUCUCUCUAAUAGAUUGUCCUCAGGGUUACAAAAAAAUCAACAGUUCUCAUUGUCAAGAUAUGGAUGAGUGCCAGCUGCAGGGUGUGUGCCAAAAUGGAAACUGUCUGAAUACUGUGGGCAGCUACAGGUGUAUGUGUAAACCUGGAUAUGUCCCUGACUCUACACUCACCACAUGCAUACCCAACACGCCUGCCAUCCAAGAAGAGAAAGGGGCUUGCUUCCGUUUGGUCAGCUCAGGGAAGCAGUGUUUGCACCCAGUAUCUGCCCAGCUGAGCAAACAGCUCUGCUGCUGCAGUGUGGGCAAAGCCUGGGGCCCUCAUUGUGACAAAUGCCCCCCUCCAGGAACAGCUAAAUUCAAAGAAAUCUGUCCUGGUGGAAUGGGAUACACUGUUCUACCAAAUCCCCCUGUCAACAAGCCAGUGACCGCUUACCAGGAACCUACAGUCCUGUUAACCCCGCAACCCCUGCCAGCACUAGAGAGACCAGUGGAGGCUUUUGGGACACCAGAGGAGAUAAUACCAGUAGCAACAAGUGCACCAGAUCAGGAGCUGGUAGAUCCUGAGGUUAGCAAUAGACCAAUAGUUGAUCCUAUCCUGCCCCAGCUCUCUCCUGGUGUGUCCACUGUCAAGAUGGAGGCAGCCUAUCCAGAGGUUGUUGAGAGGUCAUCUCCACCUGCACCAGUGGAGAUCCUUCCAUCUAAUGCAGGCCAGGACAUCGCUCCCAGCCAAGCAACAGAGGUGGAUGAAUGCCAGAUCAACCCUUAUAUCUGUGGCCCAGGGAUUUGUUACAACACAGCCAAGAGCUACACUUGCCACUGUGAGGACGGAUACCAUCUGGAUGACAUCCAAACCACCUGCAUAGAUAUUGAUGAAUGUUCAGACAGGACAGUGUGUCCUUCUGGUAUCUGCUACAACGAGCCGGGGAGUUACACCUGUGGUUCCUGUCUUGAUGGCUUUUUAGGGCAAGGAGGCCAGUGUGUUGAUGUAGAUGAGUGCCAGGAUCAGCGAAUCUGUACCAGAGGCCACUGUCAGAACACUGAAGGCUCAUUUUUCUGUCAUUGUGGGCCAGGCUUCAGAGUGUCAGAGGAAGGAGACCAAUGUGAUGAUGUAGAUGAAUGUGUAGAACAAGCCAGACCAUGUGCGGGUGUAGGAGAGUGUGUAAACAACAUUGGUUCCUACACCUGUAUCUGCUCCCAGGGGUACCGACAGAUCAAUGGUACCAGCUGCAUAGACAUUGAUGAGUGUGGGGAUGAAGCAGAUCUAUGUUCCCCACACGGCAAGUGUCUCAACACAGAAGGAUCCUAUUUGUGUGUAUGUGAAAGUGGCUUCACUGCCAACCUUGAUACACCCUCCUGUGAUGAUAUUGAUGAGUGUGGUCUCAAUGACACACUUUGUGGUCCUCAUGGCUUUUGUGAGAACCGGCUGGGGUCGUACCAAUGCCUUUGUGACCAGGGCUACCAGGAGUCCCAGGAUGGCCAAGGCUGUGUGGAUGUAAAUGAAUGUGAGCUGUUGAGCAGUGUGUGUGGAGAGGCUCAGUGUGUAAAUAUGAAUGGUUCCUUCCUCUGCAUGUGUCCCAGCGACCAGGAGUAUAACGCCAUGAUUGCCAAGUGUGAGCCCGUUCCCACAGUGUCACCAGUGGAGCGGAAGGAGUGCUACUAUCAUCUGAACAAUGAAAACCUGUGUGAGAGUGUUCUGACUAGCCACGUUACACUGCAGGAGUGCUGCUGUACACUAGGAGCUGGCUGGGGAGACAACUGUGAGGUGCAUCCCUGUCCUGUGAAUGGCACAGACCAAUUUGACCAGAUGUGUCCUUCUGGAAGAGGGUUUAUUCCCACUGAAGACUUGCUGUAUGGAGUAACCACUUCUAGCAGCUACAGAGAUGCAGAUGAAUGUGCGCUAUUUGGCCAGGAGAUAUGUAAAGGCGGCUACUGUCUGAAUACUAAGGGCAGCUACGAAUGCUACUGUGAGGCUGGACACGACUACGACGCUGUCAAAAUGGAGUGCAGAGACAUAGAUGAGUGUCUGGAUGAGUCAGUGUGUGUUGAUGGACAGUGUUUAAACACGGAUGGCUCAUACAUGUGUUUCUGUACACAUCCCAUGGUGUCGGAUCCCACAAGUAACCAAUGUAUCUUUGUUCCUGAGUUGGCUGAACAACAUGAGCAGACCGACUAUCAGGGUGUCUGUUGGCAGACUCUAACAGAAAACCUGACAUGUACCAAGCCACUGGGUCCCGACAGGAAGACCACAUACACAGAGUGCUGCUGUUUAUAUGGAGAAGCCUGGGGCGUGGACUGUGCCCUCUGUCCUCUUAGAAACACAGUGGACUAUGCAAACAUGUGUAACCUCCCUUUGAGUGGGGAGCGGCGGCCAUAUGGUCACGAUGCCCUUGUUGCUGGUCCAGUUCAUGAAUAUGAAGUGAGCCCUGACUAUUUGCCCCCACCUGAGCAGCAGCCUGUCCGACCCUUCUAUGAGGAUGAAGAGCGUCCAUACAAGGCAUUUGAGGGUUUGCGAGCAGAGGAGUGUGGGAUACUAAACGGCUGUGAGAAUGGUCGAUGUGUCCGGGUUCAGGAGGGUUACACCUGCGAUUGCUUUGAUGGAUACACCCUUGACCUGUCCCUCAUGGCCUGCAUUGAUGUGAACGAGUGUUCAGAACUGAACAACCGGAUGUCGCUGUGUAAAAAUGCAAAGUGCAUCAACACAGUGGGCUCCUAUCAGUGUGUGUGUCUGCCAGGGUUCAGGGCUUCAGACAAACCCAACUACUGCGUGGAAGCAGAAACACACCAAGCAUCCACACACACACAGUAAGCAUAGAUGUACACUGGCAGGGCAACAAGAGACACCAAAACUACAUGCACAACCUUGUAAUACUAUACUUGUGAGGAUAUCCACUGACUAUAGUCACUGCCGAAUCAUGAGCAGUAACCUUAAAGUAGAACUCCCUGCUUUAGCAGAUGCUAUAGCACCCAGCAGCACUGCAACAUCUCACUGCCACCUUGCACAGCUGGCCAUUAACAUUGACCGGGGGGAUGAAAAUCUUUUUGCCCAGAAUCUAAAUUAAACCUCAAAACUUUCAACCCUGUGCCUUAAAUCCUGCUUUUAAUCUUACUCCCUUACAUAAAAACGUAUCCAAAUGUCCACUCUGCCCUUUUACCACUGUCAGUUCUGGUUCCAAUCACUAUGGAUUUUCUUUUUUUAUAGCACUUGUUAUAUCACAUUUGUUAUUUUCUUCCGUUUAGUGGUUUUCCAGUGUUAAUAUUUUUAAAUGUUUUCCUAAAUAUUUAACUAAGAGACCUUAUACUGUAAGAAAUAUUGAAACUUUUUGAAAAUGAACUGGUCCUGUAGCUCGAAUGGGUAAUGACUGACAGAAAACGCAUCUUUAAUUAUUAGUUAAAAAUUCACUUUGGACAACAAAACAUAUAAGUCAUCAUCGCACAGCUAAUGUGUUGUGUUUCUGCAUGAACAAGCAGUCUGGGACUGUAGCGCUUAGUGAAUGUUAGGAGUCUAUCAAGAAGCCAAAAACAUAUACCAGUCUGUCUGUUGUUAAAAUUUUUAAAAUACCAUUGUGGUUUUGCUGAAACUAGUUGUGACUGACAUCAUUUGUCCAAUCUGUGCUUUAAUGAAUGUUUUGGGUAUAUUAUUAUUCCUUCAAAUAAAAUACAAAUAAUUCCUUCCCUUUCAUUUAAAAGAAAAUCGCUAUAAAAAAAAUAGUACAGUAGAACUUUUUCACUUAGGUCACAGCCAGUCUACAGCCACAUGCUGAUGUAAGCAGCCUGUCACAUUUACUAUCUAAGUUCUGUGACUUAGCAAAAAACAGGGGAAACUCCAUGAAAAAACAUUUUUCCCACACAUGUCACCUUUAUUGCAUAUAUGAUUAUAUAAAAAGACAGUGAGUGACACCCUAAAUGAAAAAAGUUUGAAAUUCACUCCAGUACAGUGUUUACGAAUGGAGGAACUAUUAGAGACCAAAAAAAUUUUUGUUGUUGUUGUUUUUUUUGUUUUUUUCGUGUGUGUAUGUGUGUGUACUUGCCUGAAGGCAUGUUUAUUUUCGGUGUAAAUUUGGCAAUUUUAACAUCUUUGAGGACUGACUUUUGGAUCCAGCCUCGAGUAGCCAUUCAAGGAACUUGAUACUUGCAUGUUGGUUUCAUUUUUGAGACCCAGAAGUUGCCGCUUGACUUUAAUCUGUUGAUGGUGCUAGAUUUCUUACACUUCAACCCUAAAAAAACAGACUUGCCUUUGUGGAGACAAUCAAAACCACAAGUGUGAAACUUGUGGUGGUGCUAAAGUCAAAGUCAGUGGGACCACCAAAGUCAAAAGGUACAUGAUAUGUCAGUAUUUCAUUGUAUAUUUCAGAAUCCAUCCAGUAGCGAGAGAGAGAUUUCCAAAGUAAGCUGUCUAGCCAAUAUUCUUUUCUUCAGACAUCACUUUAAUUUGGUCCUUAAAAGCAUAGAAAUACAGCAUGGGUUCAAAAACACACACACUUAAUAAAAUAAAAUGGAUGUUUUGUCUGUUGCUUUUCUAAUCUACUUUGUUAUUUUGUUUUUAAAGUAGAGUUUUAUGUGUGUCCCAAGAGGCUGCUUUUCCUCAUUUAACGUAACGACAAACCCUAUGGACUCAUGUUGGGGGAUCAUUCUUUUUUUCUGAUUGUCAAUAUUUAAUAUUGUGAAGAGACCAACUGUCUUGUUUCUUCACUUCUUCCAUCACCAGCCCACCCCAAAAGCUUGUUUCUACACCAAGUGAUUAACAGUUUAUGUACUAAGCACAAUUUAUUGAACUAAAAAAAGUUGCUUAUGUAGUCUUUGAAAUAAGCUUUUUGUGGGGGUUUUGUCUUUGUUUUUUAACAGUAGUCUGAUUAAAUUAGAGAACUACAUGUUGACUGGAACAUGGGAUAAAACUAAGUUUAAUUUUUCUAACAAAUAGCUAAAAGACUGUUGCGUUAUCUAGUAUCCCUUCCCUCUUUGUCUUGAAGUGGCUGACAUUUUAUUUUUUCUACUUUUCUUAUCUGCGUUUCACUGCACAGUCUUGCCAGGUUGCAAAGCUGCUAUGGGACAGAGAUGGGAGAGAAGAACCUUGUGUACAUUUUAACAAAAGAGUGGCUGUGAAAACAGCUGAUAUAUUCGUAAUUUGUACAUGACUGAACAGCUUUCUCUAUGAAUUCAUAUCACAAUGUACAUGGAAUCCCUUGAAAAUAAACUAUAAAUGGUGAUAUUUAACAUAA